AGAGGGUAGAUUCUUCAUGUACGGACAGGAACAGCCGCAAAAUUCGGAAGACGUGCGCCAGUUUACUCAGAUGAUUUGGGAGGAGUCGAAGAUGAUAGGUCUGGGAAUGGCGUUCGACAAGGAAGGCAUUAUAUACUUCGUUUGCAAUUACGACCCCCCUGGCAAUGUCGAGGGCGCAUUCGCGGAGAACGUGUUACCGAUGAAAGAGGAGGGCCAGGAGUUGCUGCAACACGAAGCAGAAGGAAUACGGAUUGUCGAGCCCCGACUGGAAAUAGUAAAGUCCAUGGAACGUCUGUACGCCGUGCCGUCGGAGAAGCUGCGAGUCUGGUCGAUUUGGCUGUCGCAAGUCGGCGAAGUUGCGGACGAAUGGCAGAGGUGGAUACGUGCUCACAUCGAUUUGAUUGUGAGACUGUCGGACUACUUGCACGCGGCCGAGUUGGCCAUAAGGCGGUCCAAAAUGGAAGUUGUUAGCUUGACGGAGAGCAAGACGAAACACGUUGACGAGCGAGUGGACGAGAUUGGUGAUCCAGCUGGAGCAGCAGCGCCUGGCAUAGUGGAGGAAGCGAUCGACUCGACGGAUGACCAAUUAAAGCAGGAAGCUUCGGAACGUGAUAUCGCCGAAUUACCGGAGUUAUCAAAGACCACUGUGGCGGGAGAUUCAAGUGUCACGUUAACGCCAUCCAACGUUAACGUAGAACCAUCGACUGCGUCAGUAGACGCUUCGCAGAUCACUGUGAUCGAAGUAACAGGGACGUCAGCGGGAGCUUCGAAGACUACUGUAACUGAGGCAUCGAAGACUUCUGUAACUGAAGCGUCUAAGCUAACAAACGCAUCGAAGAUCGAUGCAGAAGGCAAAGACACGGUUAUGACUUGGCCACUCGGAACUCCAUGGGAGCAUUUGGGUCUAGAGGACGCGUGCGACGAGGAGGAAUUCGAAAAACUGCCGCUGCCAAGUAACGAGGAGGAGAUGAGGGAGUUUCUGAAGAAGUUCACGCACGAGGCGACCGUCUACAGGUCGUAUUACAAGCACUGGCAAGAGACGGCGAGUCAGGCGACGAAGGAAGUUGGAGGCAGACUCGUGCUGGCUACCUAUAGAGUGCAAGGAAGAGACGAGACGGGACGAAUAAAGAGGCCUCCACGUAAGCCGUGCGUCGAGAAGGUCGAUCGGAAGGUCAAAGCACCGUCCAAGAAAAACCUGUCUAUGAAAUCGGACAAGCAGUCGGUCGUGUCUGCGACUCCGGAAGUAACCGCUGAUGAAGACAACCUCGAUGCAUCACAAAUUGCUUCUGAAGCGACCCUUACAGCGCAAUCGGGAGUCAGCCUUGGUGCAUCGGAAUCACAAAGCGUUUCCAAAGUGACCGUCAUAGAGCGAUCGGCAGCCAGCGUUGGCGCAUCGAAGUCACAAACCCCUUCUUCCAGAGCGACCCUUAAAGAACGAUCACAAGCGCGUCUCGACAAGGAAAGCCAGAAAUCCAUAGUAGUGGCUGAUUGGAUCAGGGACUGUGCACGAGCCAUGGAACCCAUACCUUACAUCUUUUAUGUGAAAGCGGAACCGGACAUCGACAUAGCUAUAGAACACGAUGACGAAGAAGUAAUUCUAGCAGACCUAGAUCGCGAAAACGUCGUUGCGAGUAGCAAACGUAUCUUCUUCAAUCUCAAGGACAAACCCUGCAAAGGAGGAAAGCCAUGGAUAUGAAGACCAAUAGAAGAUCAAUAUUUCACGAUACAAUAACAGUAAUCCGAGAGCCAAGUAUACCAGUUUGUAACGUUUUCGUUUACAGCGAAAUUUGCGCAAUGUUUCGCGAACUUUUAACCGGGCCAAUUUGAUCGGAAAGGUAAGUUGCGAAUAAUGCGUACGGUAAACGAGAACUAUUUUCAACUGGAAUAAAAUUGUUCUGUAUUCAAUGUUGGAGUAAUGCUAAAAGCUGUAAAACAUUGGCGUAUUAAACUGUAACGAACCAAUA